CUAUAACCCACUGAACAUCACUGAAACAGGUUGAUCUUCUGAACAAGUGCAGGACCCAAGAUGCAGGCUCUACAGGUUCUCUCUCUGACUCUGCUGUCUAUUCUGGCCGCUAACGCCCAAACCUUACGCCCUGGAAAAUGCCCCCAACCUCCCGUCCAAGCUAACUUCGACGCCGCCAGGUAUCUGGGCAAGUGGUACGAGAUCAAGAAGCUCCCUGUCGUCUUCCAGAAGGGCGAGUGUACCACAGCUACCUACUCCCUGGAGAGCCCCGGAGUCGUUGGAGUGCUCAACAGGGAGCUGCUUGCUGAUAACACUGUCAGUGUUAUCACUGGCUAUGCUAAGGCCAGUGACCCCUCUGAGCCCGCCAAGCUGGAAGUCACCUUCUUCGAGGACUCUCCCCCCGGCAACUAUUGGGUUCUGUCCACUGACUACGAGGGCCACUCCUUGGUGUACGGCUGCACUGACAUCCUGGGCACCUUCCAUGCUGACUUUGCCUGGAUCCUGAGCAGAGAGUCCACCCUGUCUGAGGAGAAACUGGAGGAGCUGUACCACGUGUUCACCUCCAAUGGCAUCGACAUCGACGUGAUGACCGUCACCAACCAGAGCCAAGAGCUGUGCGCCAACAUGCCUCUGUGGGCCUAAGAGACCUGAUUCAGUCUACAACAGACGGAUGAUUUGGAUUCAUAACAUGGCAUGCACAUAGACCGCUGUACAACGUCCAAUGGUUGAUACCUGCAUGGUUGUU